AUGGAGCAGCCGAAGGCAGAGACAGUGGCUCCGGCCAAGGAUCAGAACCCAAACCCGUCGCUGAGCAGCGUUGAUCCGAAAGCUUCGGAUCAGGGACCCAAGGGAGGCGAGGAUGCUAAAACCGAGAUAGCCUUAUCCGACGAAACCCUAUCUCAGGUCGAAAUCGAGACGAAAGGGAGCGAGCCAGCACCUGCGCAAGCGCAAGCGCAACCGCCGAUUCGAACGUCGUCCGGGUCGAAGAAAUCCGUCCAUUGGAGCCCCGAAUUGGUUUCCGGGUCUCAGGAACCGGAUCAGAAGUCGGAGUCGUCUUACCCGGCCGGAUCUAACCCGUAUAUCGCUCGUUCUCCGGCUGAGACGUCGGACGCUUCGUUGAAAGAUACGAUGGAGUCUGUGAAAGGAGCGCUUGGGAGAUGGGGAAGGAAGGUUGCUGAAGCUGCGAAGAAGACGGAGAGCCUCGCCGGGAACACGUGGCAGCACCUGAGAACUUCUCCGAGUUUUGCCGAAGCUGCCAUGGGAAGAAUCGCACAGAGUACUAAGGUCCUUGCGGAAGGAGGAUACGAGAAGAUUUUCCGACAAACCUUUGAGACCGUUCCCGAGGAACAGCUGCUAAACUCUUUUGCGUGUUACUUGUCAACAUCAGCUGGUCCCGUCAUGGGGGUUCUGUACAUAUCCACAGCCAAACUUGCUUACUGUAGUGACAACCCUCUCUCGUACAAAAAUGGUGGUCAAACCGAAUGGAGCUAUUACAAGGUGGUGAUACCAUUACAUCAGCUUAAAGCAGUGAAUCCAUCAACGAGCAUAGUGAAUCCGGCGGAGAAGUACAUACAGGUGAUUUCGGUAGACAAUCAUGAGUUCUGGUUCAUGGGUUUCCUGAACUACGAAGGCGCCGUCGCGUCUCUGCAAGAGUCUUUGCAAGCCGGUGGUUUACGGACUGUGUGA